AGCGACGAUCUGUUACCAGUACUGUACUACCAGUACAAGCUAGCUAGCUAGCAAGGAGUCUUUUAAAAAGAAUGAAUCCAGAUCGAUGAAAGAAACGCCCAAAAUUGCACGACACCGAAAGCGCAAAGCUUCGCUGGACCAAUCUGGACAGCCGUUUCCCUUCAAAGAGACCUACCAGGUACUGUGUCUCCAUUGUAUCAAAUCACUUCUACGUUCAGAGGUCUCAUUUGCUCUCAGAUAAUUGUGUCCGUGAACCAUGGCAGAUUCGACUCGGUCUACCGGCAGUGCAGCCAACAGCAACCACAACAACAGCAAUGGCACUGCAACAGGCAACAACGCCAGCAACAGCAAUAACAGUGGUGGCAAUACUGAAUCCUUUUUGAAAAAGUGGCUGGGAGUCGUCACUCUGACCCUCCGUAUCGUUCUAUGGCCACUGCGUCGUGUCAGUCAACUCUUGUUUCCAUCGGGUGACUUUGACGGUCUAUCAGCGCCCGUCACGGCCAAGGCCGCACAACAAUUCGUCACUUAUCUGCGCAACUUGAAUGCCACGGAUGGUCUGAGAUUAACGGAACCGUGGACCACUACCGGGUUUGCGGCGCUUCAAUCCGAAAUGGCCGAAACCAAUUCGGUCGUGUUGAUCUAUUUGCACAGUCCGUUGCAUCGACAGGCUCAAAAAUAUGCUCAGCGUUGUCUGUUGGGAAAUACCAUGGUCAAUUUCCUACGACAACCCAAUCUACUUUGUUUGGGAGUUUCCAUCCAUACGGCCCAAGGAGCCUAUUUGGCACAGAUUUUGAACGCCUCCAGUUAUCCUUGCUUGGCAUUGCUUCAACCCAAAAAUCCCGGCCGACGCAACAAUAGCAACAGCAGCACGCCUCCUCCCAUGAACAUGGCAUUCAAGGCAGAAGGAGCCACGCUCAUGUCGCUCCGACCGGAACAAUUGAUUCAAUAUUUGAACUUGACGUUGCAGCGUCAUCAGGCUGUCUUGGCCGAACAAGAGGCUCGUCGUAUUCUGCGAGAACAAGAAUCGGAAUUGCGUCGACAACAAGAUGAAGAGUACCAGCAGGCACUAUUGGCCGAUCAGGAACGAGAACGACAAGUGCGAGAGGUACAAGAUGCGGAACGUCGUCGUGUUGAAGAGGAACAAGCCCUAGAACGGGCCGCACAGGAAGCGGAAGAAAAUCGUUUGCAAUCUGCCAAGGAUGCAUUGCGGGAACCACCAACAUCGGGAGGGACCUCGGUCCGCUUUGUCUUACCCACUGGGACCAAAUUGAAUCGGCGGUUUCACAACGAUGAAACUAUCAAAGCGCUCAAGGCGUUUUUGACACUGCAUUUCGCGGAACAAACCGAUGCGACGCAAAACAUCAGAAACAUUGGACUAUCAAGUAGCUUUCCAAAGAAGACGUAUACCGACUUGGAGGAUCAGACACUCGAGGAAUCAGGUCUAAGUCCACAGGCGGUGCUGAUGGUUCAGGAUUUGGAUGCAUAAAUCAAUCAAAGCAGACAGAGUCUGGCUGCGGUACCGGUACUGUCGAAGGGGCGUCUCAUGUUAUAGAAGGAGUGCCCAGAAGUCACCGUGCGGUUACAUGACCACUAUAAGGCUAGGACAAACUAGAAAAGGUUUCGUGAUGGAUUGAUUCGAUUCUUAGU